GUCAUAAACUUGGUAUUGGGAAAGAUCGUCGUUAGAAAAAAACUGUUUGAGAGAUUUGAGAAUUCAAGGUAAGUGCAGUACAGUAGACUUGUGAAAUGGCCGACAAGAAAGACAAGUGGUUACCUCUAGAAGCCAAUCCUGAGGUGAUGAACAAGUAUGUCUCCAACCUGGGGAUGGUGAUGAGCUACCAGUUCCACGACGUGUUUGGCCUGGACCCUGACUUGUUGUGCAUGCUUCCUCAGCCGUGUAUUGCUCUACUGUUGCUGUUUCCCAUUAACAAGAACGUCAGAGAAAGUGAGUCUAAAGAGAAGGAACGCAUUGAAAAGGAUGGUCAACUGGUUUCUCCUUCUGUUUAUUUUGUCAAACAGACUAUUGGCAAUGCGUGUGGAACAAUAGGACUACUUCAUGCGAUUGGCAACUGCCAAGACAAAAUUUCCUUCAAGGAUGGUUUCUUGAAGACAUUUUUUGAAAAGACACAAUCCCUGACGCCUAAACAAAGAGCAGAUUAUCUUGAGGAGGAUGAUAGUAUCUCUGAAGCACAUGAAGCAAGUGCUCAGGAGGGAGAUACAGCACCACCUGCACCUGAGGAGGACGUCAAUCUUCACUUUAUCAGUAUUGUACACAAGGAUGGAUGUGUCUAUGAACUAGAUGGAAGAAAAGACUAUCCAAUCAAUCACGGAAAAUCAACAACUGACACUUUCCUCGUGGAUGCUGCCAAAGUGUGCAAGUCCUUCAUGGAUAGAGAUCCCACUGAACUACAUUUCACAGUCGUGGCACUGGUGGCUGCUGACUAGAUAGUGUGCCUGUGUGUGUGUGUAUUGUCAAGAGUUCAUAAUAAACUCUUGGUAUUGUGUAUAAUUAUGAGUAUUAGUUGACUUUCGAAUUUACUGUUAUCUUAUCGUUUAGAGUUUGUGAA